CAAGAAGGUAUAACAGUGCUUCAUAAGCUGUCGUGUUGACUAAAUUAGAUUAAGCGAGUGUGUUGUGCAAUAUGGGUGUAAACUUAAAAGAUGAAGAAGAAGUGAAGCAAUACUUACAUAAUUUAGGUAUUGAAUAUCGUUUUGGUUGCUAUCAAGAAAAGAAACCAGAGGUAUGUCAUUUGUUGGGGGAUUACUUAGAAGCCAUCAAGAAGGAUUUUGAUAAAGCAGCGAAAGUGUAUAAAACUAACUGUGAUGACUAUAAUUUUGGUAAAAGCUGUCAGAAAUUUGGAAAUUAUUCAUUUGUUGGGAAGGGAAACACCACUAAAGAUACAGAAGUUGCAUUUAAGUAUUAUAAAAAGGCAUGUGACCUGGGUGAAACAAAAGCUUGCUUUAAUGUUGGCGUUUUAAACAUUCUAGAUACUAAAAACAGCAGGAAAGAGAAGGACUAUGCUUUAGGGGUAGCUUCACUACACAAAUGUUGUGAUGAUAACGACGCGCUCUGUUGCUUUUAUGUCAGUACUAUGUUUUUACAGGGUCUGAAAAAUGGUUUAAUUGAGAAAGAUAUGGCUAAAGCUUAUUCAUUUUCAUUAAAAGCUUGUGAUCUAGGUAGCAUGCAGGCCUGUGCAAAUGUAAGUCAGAUGUAUCAGAGGGGUGAUGGUGUUGACAAAAAUGAAGAUUUAGCCGAGAAAUAUAAGAAAAAAGCACUGGAAUUGCAGCAGCAGACAUUCAAACAGCAGCAGCUGGAGUUUCAGCAAGGGGCAAAGCGUGUGUAAUUGAAUGUUAUGUACAAGCAAAGCAGAUAUUUAUCAAAAUCAGGUACAUACUUAAUAAAUAGGCAUGCUGUUUCAAAACUUCCUAGCAGGACAUUGUAGCACCUGUGUGAUUGGGUUGCAUAUUGCUGGGCAGAAUAAAACACAGAAUUACUUUUGGAAUAUGCAUUAAAAAUGGACUACUCAUGCUUAUGGCAAUUUGAGAUGUACAGACAAUAAUUGUCAAUAGAUACUAUUCUUAUCACAAUAUAUUAUCAGCUCUUUGUAGUUUCAUGAAAACGAACUGAAUGUAAAACAUUUGUACUGCCUGUAAAAUGUGGAUUAUUCGCUCUGGUGAAUUUGUUUUGGGUUUCAGUAAGACUGUAGGAAACACAGUACAGCAGCAACAGGACACAUCUCUCUAGUGUACUAAUAAUUGAGCAUAUUUGUUCUGUGUUGACUGUGUAACUAUUGUCAACAGAGCAUUAUUCUAGACUGUCAUGUAUAAGAUCUCUCUUUACACAUCUGAAUAUCAAAAAUGGAUUAUUUUUAUGUUGGUGGCAAAAAAGAACAGAAAAAUGGCUAGACCACACGUAUUAGAAUGUCAAUGGAGGCUUAGGUAUUGGAUCUUGGUUGUGAGUGGAUUUUUACUUAUGAUGGGAAAAAAGGUUUGUUUUGUUGCUGAAUGAUAGUGACAGGCACAG